AUGAUGCACUUAAAUGCAUCACAUACCGAUCACCAUAGUUUCAUUCUGACAGGCAUCCCAGGGAUGCAGGACAAAAACCCAUGGAUGGCCUUUCCCCUGGGAUUUCUCUACACACUAACCCUCCUGGGAAAUGGCACCAUCCUAGCAGUCGUCAAGGUAGAGCAGAGUCUCCACGAGCCUAUGUACUACUUCCUCUGCAUCCUGGCUCUGACUGAUGUCAGUCUCUCCAUGUCUACCUUGCCCACUAUGCUCAGCAUCUUCUGGUUCAAUGCCCCCGAGAUUCCCUUUGAUGCAUGCAUCACACAGAUGUUCUUCAUCCAUGGAUUUGGGGUAGUAGAAUCUGGAGUUUUAGUGUCCAUGGCCUUCGACAGAUUCGUGGCUAUCAGAGACCCACUACGCUAUGCGUCUAUCCUCACCCAUGGCGUUAUUGGGAAGAUUGGACUAGUUGUCCUCACCCGGGCAGUCUGUGUGGUCUUCCCUGUGCCCUUCCUUAUAAAGAGGCUGCCCUUCUGUCAUUCCAAUGUCUUAUCUCAUUCCUACUGCCUUCACCAAGAUGCAAUGAGGCUCGCCUGUGCCAGCACCAGUGUCAACAGCCUCUACGGCCUCAUUGUGGUCAUCCUCACGUUAGGACUUGACGCCCUCAUCAUUCUCUUUUCAUACGUGCUUAUCCUGAAGACGGUGCUGGCCAUUGCGUCCAGAGCCGAGAGGCUCAAAGCCCUCAACACCUGCCUGUCUCACAUCUGUGCUGUGCUCCUCUUCUAUGUCCCUCUUAUUGGUGUCACCAUGGUCCACAGGUUUGGGAAGCAUUUAUCACCAGUUGUGCACAUGCUCAUGGCCAAUAUCUACCUGCUCCUCCCUCCUGUGCUGAACCCCAUUGUCUACAGUGUGAAGACCAAACAGAUACGUAGACGGAUCAUUCAAGUGUUCCAGGGGAGGAAGAACAGGGCCUAG